UAUAUGACAGGGUGUGGCUAUGCAAUCUGGACACUCCUCUGCUAUUGGUUAGCUGUUGUUAGUCUGUCAUGAAUAUGUAAUAAGCCAGCCCCCCGGUGGAGGGAACCAGGAAGCGGCUGCGGCCCAGGCGCCUCCCGCGGGACACGGAUCAGGGGAAGCACCGGAGACUGGGAAGGGUCUCUGAACUCAGGAGCUGUAGAAAUGAAACGCUUCUUACGGGCUGGUCAUGACUCCGUGAGGGAGAGGCUCAAGCGGGACUUGUUCCAAUUUAACAAGACGGUAGAACAUGGAUUUCCCAACCAGCCCAGUGCCCUUGGGUUCAGCGACUCUCUGCGUCUUAUGGCCAUUGGAACCCGCUCUGGAGCUAUUAAAAUAUAUGGGUGCCCUGGAGUGGAGUUCAUGGGUUUGCAUGAUGAGAAUAAUGCAGUGAUCAAGAUCAGUUUUGUUCCCAACCAGUGCCAGAUUAUCACACUACUGGAUGACAACAGCCUCCAUUUAUGGUCAUUCGGGCAGCAAGAUGGGGUCUCGGAACUGCAGGAGGAAAAAAAGUUUACUCUUCGUGGACCACCUGGGGCGCCCCCUAGUGUUACACAAAUUAAAGUGCUGUUGGCACACUCAUCUGGAGAGAAGUUGUUCGUGGGCACAGAGGGAGGCAAUGUUUUCACUCUUACAUUACCAUCCUUGCAAGUACUGGAGGAGAAAACAGUUGGGCAUGAAAUGGCGUUGGAAGGUCUGCCAGAUGAGUACACGAACAGGCGUCCUUUUGAGUCAGUGGAAGCUUUACAGGAGAAUCCCAAGAACCCAGAUCUUUUAUUGAUUGGCUACAACCGUGGACUCAUGAUGGUGUGGCAUGUAUUAACUGGACGUAGUGUGUGCCACUAUCUCGGCACCCAGCAACUAGAAAACAUUUUUUGGUGCCGGGAUGCACAGCAGAUAAUAAGUUGCCACAGUGAUGGCGGGUAUAGCCAGUGGGAAGCAACUGGUGAGCGUAUACAACAGGCUCCCAUGGAGACUAAAUUGCCAUAUGGUCCUUUCCGCUGCAAAGCAAUCAAUAAAAUAACGUGGCUCACAGCACGUAGAGGGGCACCUUAUGUUGUGUUCCAAGGAGGCAUGCCAAUGGCAAGCUAUGGGGACCGACAUAGCAUCUCCGUAGUACACGGUAGCCAACAAACAGCCUUCGACUUUACUUCUAGGAUAAUUGACCAUUUGGUAAUUGCCAACUCGGACUCCUCAGCUGAGUAUGAUGACCCUCGUGCCCUUUUAGUACUAGCGGAAGAGGAGCUUGUGGCCAUUGAUCUUCAAACACCUGGCUGGCCAGUAAUUCAGUGCCCUUACCUUGUGUCUCUACACUGCUCAGCCAUAACCUGCUCUUACCAUAUCUCUUCCAUUCCAUUGAAGUUGUGGGAAAGGAUAAUUGGUGCAGGCAGAAAACAAAACAUGCAUUACUCCAAUAUGCCUUGGCCAAUUGAUGGAGGUGUGAAUUUGGCUCCAGCUCCACCACAAAGGGAUUUGCUGCUGACAGGGCAUGAGGAUGGCACUGUGCGUUUCUGGGAUGCCUCUGGGAUUUGCCUCCAGCUGAUGUACAAAAUGAGCACAGUGGGAGUCUUUCAGACCGACACGGAUCCCAAUGAAAACCUUAACUCUCAUGGUGAGGAAGAGUGGCCUCCACUGAGGAAAGUGGGCUCUUUUGACCCGUACAGUGAUGAUCCCCGUCUGGGAAUUCAGAAGAUUUACCUGUGUAAAUUCAGUGGCUACUUGUCUGUUGCUGGAACUGCUGGACAGAUUCUUGUCCUGGAGCUGAAUGACGAGGCAGCACAACAAGUGGUAGAGCAAACCCUGGUUGACCUGUUGCAAGAGCAGGAGUAUCGUUGGAAAGGCCAUGAGCGACUUUACGCACGAUAUGACCCAGUGCGUUUUCCACCUGGAUUUCAGCCUUUCGCCUUGGUACAGUGUCAACCACCUGCUGCAGUCACUUCCCUGGCACUGCACUCUGAAUGGAGGUUAUUGGCCUUUGGCACCAGUCAUGGCUUUGGAGUAUAUGAUUUUCAGCAGAGGCGUCAAGUGAUGGUCAAGUGCACACUUCAUGCCAGUGACCAGCUAGCACUGGAAGGUCCUUUAUCCCGAGUCAAGUCACUGAAGAAAUCUCUGCGCCAGUCCUUUAGGCGUAUCCGGAGAAGUCAGGUCAAUAAGCGAAGGGAAGGAGCUGCAAAUAAGGUGCACGAGGCAAAUGCCCGCUUUGAGCAGGAAGCAUUGCGGGAGAUGGAGUUGGCCCCUGUGCAGCGUAGAAUUGAGGCCCGAUCAGCUGAAGAUUCCUUCACUGGGUUUGUGCGCACACUGUAUUUUGCGGACACCUUCCUCCGUGACAGCUCCCGACAUUGUCCAUCAUUAUGGGCUGGUACUAAUGGCGGUACGGUCUAUGCUUUUUCCUUGCGAGUACCUCCAACAGAGCGACGGAUGGAGGAGGCAGUGUCUGCAACACAGGCCAAGGAAAUUCAGCUUAUGCAUCGAGCUCCAGUAGUGGGGAUUCUAGUUUUGGAUGGUCACAGUGUUCCCCUUCCAGAGCCUCUUGAAGCUGCUCAUGAUCUUUCCAAAAGCCCGGAUAUGCAAGGCAGCCAUCAAUUGCUAGUGAUAUCUGAGGAACAGUUUAAGGUGUUCACCCUGCCAAAAGUGAGCAGUAAGCUCAAGCUGAAACUGACAGCCACAGAAGGGUGCCGGGUACGCAAGGCGGCAGUGUGCACGUUUGGUAGCUGCCGGGCAGAGGACCACAAUGAGAACCACCUCACUGUUCUUACGAAUCUUGGAGACAUCCAGGUGGUGUCCUUGCCUCAACUUAAGCCACAAGUGCGGUACGACUGUAUCCGAAAGGAGGAUGUGAGUGGAAUUGCAUCCUGUGUGUUUACAAAGUAUGGACAAGGUUUCUACCUCAUCUCCCCUUCUGAAAUGGAGCGUUUCUCUCUGUCCACAUGCUGGCUUAUUGCACCUCGAUGCAGGGUUGAUACCCCUGAGCCCUCAUUCAGUGGAAGGCCGCAAAGAGGGAACAGCACAGAAAAGAAAAAUGAAAGAUCCAGGGUGUCCGGCAGGGGUGAUGGAGAUACAGAUGCACACAGGGCCAGAGGACCAUUGAUGGAGCAUGCAUUGCUGAAUGAUGAGAUGAUGCUGAAGGAGAUCCAGAAUACUCUAGAAGGAUCUAGAAUAAGUUUUGGGGAAAGAAACUCCCAACAGAUCAGACUCAGUAAUGGAGCAGCAGAAUGAGACCUUCCGACGACAUGCUAACAAUCUGGGUUCCAGAAGACCCAACGUAAAUACACUACUGAUUUAAGCCUGUGGAACUGAGCAAGUUACAACAUCAGAUGCUUUAUCUCCAGGGUUUGGACUCCAUUUGUGGCCAUACACGCACAUCUUAAGCCAUUUCUACAGGAAAUAGUUUUCUAAGUUAUAUGUUUUUCUAGUAUCCACCAUCCGCUCUUCUGUGCGUGUGAGGAAGUUCCUUGGAGGCUUGUGGCCAAACUAUUUUAUGUUGUUUUUUUUUAAUGUUUUUAUUUGUUUUAAAGAUAUUUUGCAUUUUAUUGAAUUAUUUAGGAUUAAUGUUUUUAUACUGUAAAAAGUGGUGCAAGCCGCCCUGAUGUUUGGGUGCCUUGAAUUUAUUGGGUAUUGUGCUUCCCAGUGAUUGGGCUGCCAUGCAAUCUAUUUUUGUAGGAAAUAACCAUUUUGGUCGACUUGCACACAAAUAAAUUAUAUGUUCCAGCUAA